CUCCUUAGAAUCUCAAAUCACCCUCUAUAGUCUAUCAAGGCACACCAAGUCGCCACAAUAUGGCCGAUAUCACUGUCGAUUCAGCCGUCGCAAAGGACGAUCUGGUAAUCCCUCUCAUUGACUUCUCACAAUAUCUCUCAGGCGACCCUGCAGCGAAGAAGUCAACGGCUCAAGCCGUCCUAAAUGGCUUCCAGAAUGCUGGAUUCAUAUACCUCAAGAAUCACGGCAUACCCGCAGAGACAGUCUCAAAAGUCUUCGCCCACUCGGCCAAAUUCUUUGCUGGGCCCAAAGAACAGAAAGAUGCACUGGCCUGGUAUUCUCCGGAAGCAAAUCGCGGAUAUACCGCUCAAGGUCGAGAGAAGGUAACGGAUCUCGAGAAUCAGGGUGACGUUGAAGAGCUGCGGAAGACUGUGCCUGAUUUGAAGGAAUCUUUUGAGAUCGGCAGAGAAGGAGAAGCCGGUAUGCCGAAUAUGUGGCCCCCGACCGAGGGCGACGAGGAAGCGAAGGCGUUCAAGGAUGUGAUGAUGCAAUUCCAUGAUACAUGCAAGGAGCUGCAUAUGCAGGUCAUGCGAGCGAUUGCCUUGGGAAUGGGCAUUGACGAGAAUUGGUUUGACAGCUAUACGGACGUGGGUGAUAAUACGUUGAGGUUGUUGCAUUACCCUGGGGUGCCGAAGUCAGUGUUUAGGAGGAGCGACGGUCAACUGCAGGUGAGAGCUGGUGAGCAUAGUGAUUAUGGUUCCAUAACACUGCUCUUCCAAGACUCUCGCGGCGGCUUGCAAGUACGCUCACCCAAAGGAACAUUUGUUGACGCCACACCCAUUCCGGACACCAUUGUCGUCAAUGCAGGUGACCUGCUAGCCAGAUGGAGCAAUGAUACGAUCAAGAGUACGAAGCAUCGGGUUGUGGAGCCGCCUUUGAAACCAGAGGAUGAGGCUGCCGAUUUCUAUCCACCGCGGUACUCUGUCGCGUACUUUUGUAACCCCAACUUUGAUCGCAUGAUUGAGGCUAUCCCUGGAACUUAUGAGAAGACGGGAAGGAUUUAUGAGGGAAUCAGGAGUGGUGAUUAUCUGGUGAGGAGGUUGACUGCAACAUAUUGAUGGACCGAGGUCACCUGCUCCGUAGAAGGCGCGAAUGGUAGAUACGGAGCGGGCCGCCAGGGUGGGGAACCCUACUAAACUGAAGCCAGAAUAAACAGCAUCAAACACCAAUGUCGGAAUAUCAAUCGGCCUGUCUUCUCGUUCA